UAUGCGCGUACUAUACUUCAGAAGCGUUUUCAUGCGUGAAGCAGUGCACUAUACGAUGGUGAAGCGAAGAAGGAACGUAACGCGUAAGUUCGACAUUUUCUUUUUUCUUUUUGCAACAUUACGCAAUAUUAUGUACUUAAUUGCUGUUACACAGCAUUUCGAUGGAACCUCGCGCGGUGCGCUUGAUGAGCAGACGUUACAACCUGACGGCUACGGGCUUCAAGUUUCUGGAAAUUGGAAUCAAUGUUGGUCCACCGAGCUACGUAGAGAUCGCCCUAGGAGAUCAUCGAGGACAAGAACUGAUAUUGUCUCUCGAAACAUGGAAAGGACUCCAUGAGCAGCAAUGGAAUACCUACAAAUUGCUACGAAACAAUUACAAAGACAAUUUUAUAAGCGUCGGACCGUUAACAGUCCGAGUUUGUAUGAUGAACAACGUUACACUCGUACGUCUUGAAUCUUCAAACAUACGCAUUAUGAUGGUCGAAUCGACGCUACGCCGUAUGUUUAAUCUCGCCGAAUGUAUUGAUAUAACGAUUCAAUCAACUAGACAGACUCGUUGAAACGAUCGAUGAAAAGUAUACGAGAUUCUCCAACAUUGCAUCUAUUAUAACAAAUCCCGAGGAGGUACCAUACGUGAUACGCGAUAGCGAUAUCUUCGAUAGACAUCAACUCGUCGAUUGCGAAUUGUUAGCUUUAAUUUUUAGUAUGUAUGAAAAA